AUGUUCUCCCGCGCAGUGAAACCAGUUGCUUCAAUUGCCCAGAAUGGCAUUAAAAAUUUCUCCACAUCAUCACAGAAAAACUUCAAAGUGGUGGUGGCGGGAGCCGCUGGUGGAAUCGGCCAGCCCUUGGCCCUAUUACUGAAACAUAACAAGCUUGUAACUAGGUUGGCUUUAUACGAUAUUGCUCCGGUUACCCCUGGAGUAGCCGUGGACCUCUCGCACAUGGACACCGCAUCCAAGGUUUCAGGACACCAGGGUCCAGACCAACUCGCAGACGCCAUUAAGGGCUCUGAUGUAGUAGUAAUCCCAGCUGGAGUCCCCCGCAAACCGGGCAUGACCCGUGAUGACCUUUUCAACACAAAUGCCUCAAUUGUCCGUGACAUUGCUGCCAGCAUCGCUAAGAACUCCCCCAAGGCCAUCAUUGCUAUCAUCACCAACCCUGUUAACUCCAUGGUGCCCAUCGCUUCUGAGGUUUUGAAGAAGGCCGGAGUAUACGACGCCAACCGAGUCCUCGGAGUGACCACCCUGGACGUGGUCCGCGCAGCGGCCUUUAUCGGAGAAAUUAACGGUGUGGACCCCCAGUCUGUCACCAUCCCCGUCAUCGGUGGACACUCCGGGGUGACCAUCAUCCCCGUGCUGAGCCAGAGCAAGCCCGCUGUGAAGCUGACUGACCAGGCCAAGAUUGAUGCUUUGACUCAGAGGAUUCAAGAGGCUGGUACUGAGGUGGUGAAGGCGAAGGCGGGCGGCGGCUCCGCCACGCUGUCCAUGGCGUACGCGGGCGCGCGCCUCGUGGGCUCCGUGCUUAAGGGACUUAAUGGUGAAUCCAAUGUAGUAGAAUGUGCGUACAUCAAGUCAGACCUCACCGAGGCCUCAUACUUUGCAAACCCGGUUGUCCUAGGCAAGAAUGGAGUGGAGAAGAACCUUGGCUUUGGAACCCUCAACGAUUAUGAGAAGAAGCUUCUCAAAGCAGCUAUCCCUGAACUGCAGAAGAACAUCAAGACUGGUGAAGAAUUCGCCAAGAAAUCC